AUGUCCGAGCAUAAUAUUGUGGUCUUUGGUGGCGACCAUUGUGGUCCGGAGGUCGUCAGCGAAGGUGUCAAGAUUCUCAAAACAAUUGAGCAGCACAGACCGAACGCUGGCAAAUUUGUGCUCAAUGAGCAAUUGCUGGGAGGUUGUUCCAUAGACGCCACAGGCAGCCCGUUGACGGACGAAGCCCUCAACGCUGCCAACUCUGCCGACGCAGUUCUUCUGGGUGCAAUUGGUGGUCCCAAAUGGGGCACCGGCGCGGUUCGACCGGAACAGGGCCUCUUGAAGCUACGUAAGGAGAUGGGAACAUAUGGAAACUUGCGGCCCUGUUUCUUCGCUUCUGAGGCGCUCGUCGACUCGUCCCCCCUCAAGGCCGAGGUCUGCCGAGGCACAGACUUUGUCAUUGUUCGCGAAUUGACUGGCGGCAUCUAUUUUGGUGAACGCAAGGAAGAUGAUGGAUCUGGUACUGCUUGGGAUUCUGAGCCUUACUCCCGACCUGAAAUCGAGCGUGUGGCUCGUCUGGCUGGGUUUUUGGCACGCGGCCGUGGAGACAAGACUGUGUGGUCCCUUGACAAGGCCAAUGUGCUUGCGACGAGUCGUCUUUGGAGAAAGGUCAUGACGGAAACAUUUGAGAAGGAGUUCCCUGACCUCAAAGUUGAGCACCAACUAAUUGACAGCGCGGCCAUGAUCUUGGUCAAGAACCCGCGGGGAUUAAACGGAGUUGUGGUUACCAGCAAUCUCUUUGGAGAUAUCAUCAGCGACGAGGCCAGCGUUAUUCCUGGCAGCAUCGGCCUAUUACCCAGCGCAAGCUUAAGUGGCAUCCCGGACGGCAAGGGUAAAUGCAAUGGCAUCUACGAGCCUAUUCAUGGCUCAGCCCCCGAUAUUUCUGGCAAAGGCAUUGUCAACCCCAUUGGAACCAUCCUGUCAGUGGCCAUGAUGCUGCGAUAUUCGUUGAACCUGCCUGAGGAAGCCAAGGCUGUUGAAGCUGCUGUUAAAGCUGCCAUUGACGGAGGUCUCCGGACCAAGGACAUGGGUGGUAAUGCCAACACCAAAGAGGUUGGCGACGAGGUGGCUAAGCAGCUGGCGGCCAUUUUGGCCAAGGCUUAG